AUGAGAGCAGCUCAUAGUCGACAGAAGAGCUAUGCAGAUAACCAUCAUCGCCAAUUAGAUUUUGAGGUCGGGAAUAAGGUAUUCUUGAGGAUUGCGCCAAUGAGAGGGGUCAUGAGGUUUGGAAAGAAGGGCAAGUUGAGCCCUAGAUUUGUCGGACCCUUUGAGAUUCUUGAUCUGAUUGGCCCAGUGGCUUACAGGGUAGCCCUACCACCAGCACUCUCAGGGGAAAAUUUGACUUAUACAGAAGAGCUGAUGCGGAUUGUAGAGAGAAAAGAACAAGUGUUACGGAAUUGUGCUAUCCCAUUAGUUAAAGUGGUAUGGAAUAAUUAUACUAUCAGUGAAGCCUCCUGGGAAUUAGAAGAAGAAAUGCAACUCAAGUACCCACAGUUGUUCGACAGUGAUCAUGAUAACUUGUGA